CAUAAUUAAUAAAUCAGUUAAUUAUUAUUAAUAUUAGCCGUUAGAUCAGAUCAACGGUGUAAGAAGACUGGAGCAUGCUAUGCGUCUGGACCAUACGAGUGUUACCCAUAUAUAUAUAUAUAUAUAUUUUUAUUUUUUUUUAUGGUAUUAUUAGCUCUCAUAGUCUUACACAGUUGAUAUUAUGUUCUUUCUUGCAGGCACGGAUCACAUGAGUCCCAAAACAUUUGGUGUGAAUAAUAUGAUUGGAAAAAGCGAAGUGCCAUGUAUGGGCAUGAAAUUCGACGGUGAUGAUAGUGCAUAUGAAUUUUAUAAAGCAUAUGCCCACAUCAUUGGUUUUAGUGUAAAGAAGCGCUAUAUCAAGCGAACAAAAGUAGGUGAGGUGAAAAGAAGAACAUUUUGUUGUUCUAAAGAAGGCAAAAAAGGUUUCGAUAAAAGGCGCAAGAAUGUGGCUUUUCAGCGACCAAUUACAAUAAUCGGUUGUAAAGCACAAAUGAUUUGCCUACUAAAAAAGGACGGCUUGCUGGAGAUUGUUUCUUUUGAAGCAAAUCAUAAUCAUGAACUUGCCCCCACUCCAAUGAAGCACAUGUUGAGGUCCAACGAAAAGAUAAGUUCUGCUCAAAAGGCUAUUGCAAACGAUGCUGAGAGAGCUGGGUUGCCAAUUAAGGCAACUAUUGAUCUGCUAGCAAUACAGAAUGGAGGCCGUCAAAAUAAUGGGUUUUUGGAUUUAGACUACAAAAACUAUAUCCCUGCACAGAGACGAGCUGCAAUGAUUAAAGGAGAUGGUCAAGAAAUUAUGGAUUAUUUUCGUAAAGCACAAUCAGAGGAUCCGUCAUUUUUUUACUCAGUGCAACUUGAUGAUGAUGAUUUUGUUCUGAAUAUGUUCUGGGCUGAUGGCAGGUCAAUAAUUGAUUACAAGUACUUCGGCGAUGUUCUAUGUUUUGAUACAACUUAUAGAACCAAUGAGUAUGGUCGACCUUUUGCUCCAUUUGUGGGAGUCAAUCAUCUGAAGCAGACUGUAAUCUUUGGGGCGGCAUUACUUUAUGACGAAACAAUAUCAUCCUUUAAGUGGUUAUUUGAAGCAUUUUUGGGUGCAAUGGCUGGAAAACAACCUAAUACCAUAUUGACGGAUCAAUCAGCUGCUAUGGCCAAAGCAAUUGAAGAGGUAUUUACUGAAACUCAUCAUCGUUUAUGCGUUUCGCAUAUUUAUCAGAAUGCUGCUAAACACUUAAGCCAUGUGUUUCAUGCAUCCGACCAAUUUGCUAGUGAUUUUAGUUCAUGCAUAUAUGACUAUGAAGAUGAAGAUGAAUGGUUUAGAGCUUGGGAUGUUAUGCUUCAAAAGUAUGGUCUGGAGAAUAAUGAAUGGUUGGAUGGAAUAUUUUCAGUAAAAGAAAAGUGGGCUAUGGUUAUGGGCGUCAUAUGUUUACUGCUGAUAUGAAGAGUACACAACGCAGUGAAUCAAUGAAUAGUGUGUUAAAAAGUACCUAAAGCCGAAACAUCAUAUGGUAUACUUUUUUGAGCAUUAUGAUCAGUUGGUAGAAGAUAGAAGGUAUCAGGAACUACUUGCAGAGUUCAAAAUGAGGGAUACAAGCCCACCAUUAAAAGCCGAUGUUGAGAUGUUAAGGCAUGCAUCAGUUGUGUACACUCCUAAAGUGUUUAAAAUGUUCGAAGAAGAAUAUUUGAAAGUUUGGGAUUGCACGAUUGAAAAGAUCAGCAAAAUUGAAGGUCAAGCAGAAUAUAAAGUGAGAAAUGCU